AAAUUACAAAGUUUGGGUUUUAGUCGCGAAACUCAUAAUUAUAAUUUAGGAGGAUGAGUUCUGUGGUUUUAGUUUUGUGAUGGCAACAAUGACAGUGAGAUAACGACAGUACGACAGCGUAUUUAUUGUUUGUGAGGUUAUGUUAUAUUAUACGUUUCAACAAACGGAAAAAGGAAGCUUUGCUGUUUUCGGUCUUUAGAUUUGCAAUUAUUGAAGUUUGUAUUUGAUAGUAUUGUUUCAAUUGUAUAUUGGUACUGUCAAUUGAAUUUACAAAAAUGAUUUGAGGACGACCUACACGAAUUAUACAAAUGAAGUGACACGAUAUUGUGAAACUUUUGAUGCACUAGUUUCGAGUGACAAAGCUAUUCUAUAGCAGAUAUGUCUUUACCUCCAUAUAUAUUGGGGCCAAACCCCUGGGCCACAAUGAUGGCCCAACAACACCUGGCGGCGGCUCAUGCUCAAGCACAAGCAGCCGCUGCUCAGGCUCAUGCACACGCUUUGCAACAGCAAAUACCACCACCACAUCCAAAGUCUGAUGUUAUGACUGAAGACAAACUACAAGAAAAAGCCCAAAAAUGGCAUCAACUUCAAUCAAAAAGGUUUGCGGACAAAAGAAAGUUGGGAUUUGUUGAAGCACAGAAGGAAGACAUGCCCCCAGAACACAUAAGGAAGAUUAUAAGAGAUCACGGAGAUAUGAGUAGUCGCAAAUACAGACAUGAUAAGCGAGUCUAUCUAGGGGCUCUAAAAUACAUGCCACAUGCUGUAAUGAAACUACUUGAGAAUAUGCCUAUGCCAUGGGAGCAAAUUAGAGAUGUUAAAGUUUUAUACCAUAUUACUGGUGCCAUUACCUUUGUCAAUGAAAUACCUUGGGUUAUUGAACCAGUGUACAUUGCGCAAUGGGGAACCAUGUGGAUUAUGAUGAGAAGGGAAAAGAGAGAUCGUAGACAUUUCAAGAGAAUGCGUUUUCCUCCUUUUGAUGAUGAAGAACCCCCGCUCGACUAUGCUGAUAACGUUUUAGAUGUCGAGCCACUUGAGGCUAUUCAAAUUGAACUGGAUGCAGAAGAAGAUUCUGCUAUUGCAAAAUGGUUUUAUGAUCAUAAACCUCUAGUAGGGUCGAAGUAUGUAAACGGACCCACUUAUAGAAAAUGGAACCUUGCUCUUCCAAUGAUGGCCACUUUAUAUCGUUUAGCUAACCAGUUGCUGACAGAUCUUGUUGAUGAAAAUUAUUUUUAUUUAUUUGACACAAAGAGCUUUUUUACAGCAAAGGCAUUGAAUAUGGCUAUUCCUGGAGGUCCUAAAUUUGAACCACUAAUAAAAGACAUGAAUCCUGCGGAUGAAGACUGGAAUGAAUUUAAUGAUAUCAACAAAAUCAUUAUAAGGCAGCCUAUUCGUACGGAGUACAGGAUAGCUUUCCCAUAUUUGUACAAUAAUAUGCCCCAUUUUGUUCAUCUAUCUUGGUAUCAUACUCCAAAUGUGGUUUACAUAAAAACUGAAGAUCCCGAUUUACCUGCUUUUUACUUUGAUCCUUUAAUUAAUCCUAUUUCGCACCGUCAUGCAGUUAAGAGCUUGGAACCUCUACCCGAUGAUGAUGAGGAAUUUAUUCUUCCUGAGACUGUCCAUCCAUUUAUGCAAGAAACUCCCUUGUAUACUGAUAACACAGCUAAUGGAAUAGCUCUCUUGUGGGCUCCUCGACCAUUCAACAUGAGAUCGGGUCGGUGCAGAAGGGCCAUCGAUGUCCCUCUUGUCAAAUCCUGGUACAUGGAACACUGUCCACCAGGUCAACCUGUUAAAGUGAGAGUCAGCUACCAAAAACUGCUCAAGUAUUACGUGCUGAAUGCCCUCAAACACCGUCCACCCAAACCACAGAAGAAGAGGUACUUGUUUAGAUCUUUCAAGUCGACAAAGUUUUUCCAGACCACCACCCUAGAUUGGGUGGAAGCUGGCUUGCAGGUUUGUAGACAGGGUUACAAUAUGCUUAACCUGCUGAUUCACAGGAAGAAUCUCAAUUACCUCCAUUUAGAUUACAAUUUUAAUUUGAAACCAGUGAAGACCCUGACCACAAAGGAGAGAAAGAAGUCUAGAUUCGGAAAUGCUUUCCACUUAUGUAGGGAGAUAUUGCGCUUGACCAAACUGAUAAUAGAUUCCCACGUACAGUAUAGAUUAAACAAUGUGGAUGCCUUUCAAUUGGCUGAUGGAUUGCAGUACAUUUUCGCUCAUGUAGGACAAUUGACAGGAAUGUACAGAUACAAAUAUAAACUCAUGAGACAAAUACGUAUGUGCAAGGACUUGAAGCAUCUGAUAUAUUACAGAUUCAAUACGGGUCCAGUUGGAAAAGGACCGGGUUGUGGAAUUUGGGCUCCAGGUUGGAGAGUAUGGCUGUUCUUUAUGAGAGGAAUUACUCCUCUCCUGGAAAGAUGGUUGGGUAACUUGCUCUCACGUCAGUUCGAAGGGCGUCAUUCGAAGGGUGUUGCUAAAACAGUUACCAAACAGAGAGUAGAGUCACACUUUGAUCUUGAACUGAGAGCAUCUGUCAUGCACGAUAUCGUUGAUAUGAUGCCAGAAGGAAUUAAACAAAACAAGGCGAGAACAAUUCUACAACAUUUGUCAGAAGCGUGGCGAUGCUGGAAAGCUAACAUCCCCUGGAAAGUUCCAGGGUUGCCAAUACCCAUUGAAAACAUGAUUCUUAGAUAUGUCAAGAUGAAAGCCGAUUGGUGGACAAAUACAGCCCAUUAUAAUCGAGAGCGGAUACGCAGGGGAGCAACGGUUGACAAAACUGUUUGCAAAAAGAAUCUUGGUCGACUGACCAGGCUGUAUCUCAAAGCUGAACAGGAACGACAGCACAAUUACUUGAAAGACGGACCCUAUAUUUCUCCUGAAGAAGCUGUGGCUAUUUAUACAACAACAGUUCACUGGCUAGAGUCGAGAAGAUUUGCACCAAUCCCGUUCCCUCCACUAUCAUACAAGCAUGACACAAAAUUAUUAAUCCUGGCUCUUGAAAGGUUGAAGGAGGCCUAUAGUGUUAAGUCUCGACUAAAUCAGAGCCAGAGAGAGGAGUUAGGACUCAUAGAGCAGGCUUACGAUAAUCCUCACGAGGCUCUCUCUAGAAUCAAGCGUCAUUUGCUAACACAAAGGGCUUUCAAAGAAGUUGGUAUAGAAUUUAUGGAUCUUUACAGUCAUCUCAUACCUGUAUAUGAUGUGGAACCUUUGGAAAAAAUCACUGAUGCUUAUUUGGAUCAGUACCUCUGGUAUGAAGCAGACAAGAGAAGACUGUUUCCUCCAUGGAUCAAACCUGCAGAUUCUGAGCCGCCUCCGCUAUUAGUGUAUAAGUGGUGCCAGGGCAUAAACAACCUCCAAGAUGUUUGGGAUGUCAAUGAAGGAGAGUGUAAUGUCCUAUUAGAAUCCAAAUUUGAGAAACUUUACGAAAAGAUAGAUUUGACUUUGUUGAACAGGCUGCUGCGUCUGAUUGUCGACCACAACAUUGCCGAUUACAUGACAGCCAAGAACAAUGUUUUUAUCAACUAUAAAGAUAUGAACCACACCAACAGUUAUGGUAUCAUUCGUGGGUUGCAAUUCGCAUCAUUUGUUACUCAAUAUUAUGGACUUGUUUUGGAUUUGUUGGUACUUGGCUUGCAGAGAGCCAGUGAGAUGGCAGGACCACCACAAAUGCCAAACGAUUUUUUGACAUUCCAAGAUGUGCAAUCAGAGACUUGUCAUCCGAUCAGACUGUAUUGUAGAUAUGUGGAUAGAAUUCACAUGUUUUUCAGAUUUUCAGCAGAAGAGGCCAAGGAUUUGAUACAAAGAUAUUUGACUGAGCAUCCAGACCCAAAUAACGAAAACAUUGUUGGCUACAAUAAUAAAAAAUGUUGGCCAAGAGAUGCCAGGAUGCGAUUGAUGAAGCAUGAUGUAAAUCUCGGAAGAGCAGUAUUCUGGGACAUUAAGAACCGGUUACCAAGGUCAGUGACCACCAUUCAGUGGGAAAGCAGUUUUGUCAGCGUCUAUUCCAAGGAUAACCCUAACUUACUUUUCAAUAUGUCUGGCUUUGAAUGUCGUAUCUUACCAAAGUGUCGUACACAACAUGAUGAAUUCACUCACAGAGAUGGUGUGUGGAAUUUGCAACAUGAAGGCAGCAAAGAAAGAACUGCUCAAUGCUUUUUGAGAGUGGAUGAUGAAUCUUUGAGUCGUUUUCAUAAUAGGGUUCGCCAAAUCUUGAUGGCAUCUGGAUCCACAACAUUUACUAAGAUUGUCAACAAGUGGAACACAGCCUUGAUUGGUUUGAUGACUUACUUCCGAGAAGCUGUUGUCAACACCCAAGAACUUCUUGAUCUCCUUGUCAAAUGUGAGAACAAAAUCCAAACUCGUAUCAAGAUUGGUCUAAACUCCAAGAUGCCUAGCAGAUUUCCUCCAGUAGUCUUCUAUACCCCAAAAGAACUGGGAGGGCUUGGUAUGCUGUCAAUGGGUCAUGUUCUCAUCCCCCAAUCUGACCUCAGGUGGUCAAAACAGACUGAUGUGGGUAUCACUCAUUUCCGAUCUGGUAUAAGCCACGACGAGGACCAGCUUAUUCCGAAUUUGUACCGUUACAUCCAGCCCUGGGAAUCUGAGUUUAUUGACUCUCAGAGAGUUUGGGCUGAAUAUGCUCUGAAACGACAGGAGGCAAAUGCGCAAAAUAAUAGGCUCACUCUUGAGGAUUUGGAAGAUUCCUGGGAUAGAGGAAUACCAAGAAUAAACACUCUGUUCCAGAGGGACAGGCACACCUUGGCUUAUGAUAAGGGUUGGAGAAUUAGGACAGAGUUCAAACAGUAUCAAGUACUGAAACAAAAUCCUUUCUGGUGGACUCAUCAAAGACACGAUGGUAAAUUAUGGAAUCUAAACAAUUACAGAACUGAUAUGAUUCAAGCCCUUGGGGGUGUAGAGGGCAUAUUGGAACAUACUUUGUUCAAAGGAACAUAUUUUCCUACAUGGGAAGGUCUUUUCUGGGAAAAGGCAUCAGGGUUCGAAGAGUCAAUGAAAUACAAAAAAUUAACAAAUGCUCAAAGAUCUGGUUUGAAUCAAAUCCCCAACCGUCGAUUCACCUUGUGGUGGUCUCCUACCAUAAACAGAGCAAAUGUAUAUGUUGGUUUCCAGGUGCAGCUUGACUUGACGGGUAUUUUCAUGCAUGGUAAAAUUCCCACAUUGAAAAUAUCAUUGAUUCAAAUCUUCAGGGCUCACUUGUGGCAAAAAGUUCACGAAUCAAUAGUAAUGGAUUUGUGUCAGGUAUUCGAUCAAGAGUUAGAUGCUUUGGAGAUAGAAACUGUACAAAAGGAAACCAUUCAUCCCAGGAAAUCUUACAAAAUGAACUCGUCCUGUGCUGAUGUUCUCUUGUUCUCUGCUUAUAAAUGGAAUGUUUCCAGGCCAUCGUUGUUGGCAGAUACAAAAGACACUAUGGAUAAUACCACUACUCAGAAAUAUUGGAUAGAUGUGCAACUUAGAUGGGGUGAUUAUGAUUCUCAUGAUGUUGAACGAUACGCAAGGGCAAAGUUUUUGGAUUACACUACAGAUAAUAUGUCUAUAUAUCCUUCACCAACUGGAGUACUCAUUGCUAUUGAUUUAGCAUACAAUCUUCAUAGCGCCUAUGGUAACUGGUUCCCUGGAUGCAAACCAUUAAUUCAACAAGCCAUGGCCAAGAUCAUGAAAGCCAAUCCUGCGUUAUAUGUUUUAAGAGAACGUAUCCGAAAAGCUUUACAGCUGUACUCUAGUGAGCCAACGGAACCAUAUCUGUCCAGUCAAAACUAUGGAGAACUGUUCUCCAAUCAAAUUAUUUGGUUUGUGGACGACACCAACGUAUACAGGGUCACAAUUCAUAAAACAUUUGAAGGAAAUUUAACAACGAAACCCAUUAACGGAGCCAUAUUCAUUUUCAAUCCUAGGACAGGACAGCUGUUUUUGAAAAUCAUCCAUACUUCUGUUUGGGCGGGGCAGAAACGUUUGGGACAGUUAGCCAAGUGGAAGACUGCAGAAGAAGUUGCUGCUCUUAUUCGUUCUUUGCCUGUUGAAGAACAACCCAAACAAAUUAUAGUAACUAGAAAGGGUAUGUUGGAUCCCUUAGAAGUGCACUUGCUGGAUUUCCCCAACAUUGUCAUCAAAGGAUCAGAACUUCAGCUGCCUUUCCAGGCUUGCCUGAAAAUCGAGAAGUUUGGUGAUCUUAUUCUAAAAGCUACAGAGCCACAGAUGGUUCUGUUCAACUUGUAUGAUGAUUGGUUGAAGUCGAUUUCAUCAUAUACGGCCUUCUCCAGAUUGAUUCUCAUACUGAGAGCAUUGCAUGUCAAUACAGAAAGAACCAAAGUUAUAUUGAAACCAGAUAAGACCACCAUAACAGAACCACAUCAUAUUUGGCCUACAUUAUCAGACGAUGAAUGGAUCAAAGUGGAGGUGCAACUCAAAGAUCUCAUACUCGCUGACUAUGGAAAGAAAAAUAACGUCAACGUCGCUUCUCUUACCCAGUCAGAAAUUAGGGAUAUUAUCCUAGGAAUGGAAAUAAGUGCGCCGUCUGCUCAAAGACAGCAGAUAGCAGAAAUUGAGAAGCAAACGAAAGAACAAUCUCAACUUACCGCUACCACUACUCGAACAGUUAACAAACAUGGUGACGAAAUUAUUACAAGCACAACUAGUAACUAUGAAACAGCGACAUUCAGUUCGAAGACAGAAUGGAGAGUAAGAGCCAUAUCUGCCACAAAUCUGCAUCUUAGAACGAAUCACAUCUACGUGAGCUCCGAUGAUAUAAAAGAGACAGGAUAUACAUACAUCUUGCCCAAGAACGUCCUCAAAAAGUUUGUCACUAUAUCAGAUUUGAGAGCACAAAUUUGUGCCUUCUUGUAUGGGGUGAGCCCUCCUGACAACCCACAAGUGAAGGAACUCCGUUGUCUGGUUCUUCCUCCACAGUGGGGUACCCACCAGACAGUUCACGUUCCAAAUAUGCCGCCGAAACACCAGUUUCUUGAAGACAUGGAACCUCUUGGAUGGAUACAUACCCAGCCGAACGAACUCCCCCAACUGUCUCCCCAAGAUAUCACAACACACGCGAAGUUGAUGUCGGACAAUCCUGCCUGGGAUGGAGAGAAAACGGUUAUUAUCACUUGUUCGUUCACUCCAGGAUCUUGUUCUCUUACAGCUUACAAGUUAACGCCUUCUGGGUAUGAGUGGGGUCGGCAGAAUACCGACAAAGGAAAUAAUCCCAAGGGGUACCUACCUAGCCAUUAUGAAAAAGUGCAGAUGUUGCUGUCAGAUAGGUUCCUUGGGUUUUUCAUGGCUCCAUCACAGGGAUCUUGGAAUUACAACUUUAUGGGUGUUCGGCACGAUCCUAGUAUGAACUAUGACCUGAAACUAGCGAAUCCCAAAGAGUUUUAUCACGAGGUUCACAGACCGGCUCAUUUCCUCAAUUUUUCUUCAUUGGAGGAUGGCGACGGUGCUGGAGCAGAUGGGGAGGAUGCGUUUGCUUAUAUUCAAUAAAAAACUAUAAUUUUAAUGAAAAUAUUGUGUAGUUCAGUUGUCCUUGAUUUAGUUUUUUUUGUAUAUAAAUAAUUUAUAAGAUAAACUUUUUGUUGAACUUCUCA